GAUUUCAAUGGCAUAUAUGGCAAACCAAAAAAGAAGCGUAAAACAAAAAAGAACGAAUAUGAAAAGAAGAAAAAACAGAAAAAGGAAAUUUCAGGCAAAGCAAAAGCUAAUUCCCUUCUACCACAAAUGACGUAAAUACCACCAAAUUAAUUCUCAAAUGACCAAGCCAAAUCUUCCACGUGUCGGUUUAUUACUCGAUAAUUCAGCUUAACAGUUUUAGAAUAUAAAAGAGCAGGAGCAGGCUAGCUAACGGAAAAGGAAAAAAAGAAAAGAAACGAAAAAGAGAAGGGGGACGAAACGACGACAGGUAGCUCUGUGUCGUUGUCUAAACAACGCUCGUCAUCUCUUUCUCUUAUAGAAAAGAAAAAAGAGCAGAGUAAAUAAAUACUCAAGAAUUGAAACAAGAAAAACCAGAUAGAAAGCAAGAGCCAGAGCCGAAACCAAAAAGUCUUAAAUUCCGUAGUCUUAUAAGAUUUCUUUUCUUUCUUUCUCCGAGUGAGCUAAUUAAACAAAAAUCAUGCCACUACAAGAUCACAACCGGCAACCGCUAUUGCUAAACCAAGAACAACAAGAAGAGCAAGACACAGCCUAUGAUUCCGAUGAGAAAGUCCAUAUUGUUGGGAUUGAUGGAGAUAGCGAAAAUGAGGAUACGCCGCCGUUUUCAUGGAGAAAGCUAUGGCUUUUUACAGGACCUGGAUUCUUGAUGUCCAUUGCUUUUCUUGAUCCAGGGAAUUUGGAAGGUGAUCUUCAAGCUGGUGCAAUUGCUGGGUAUUCAUUGCUUUGGCUUCUUAUGUGGGCUACAGCAAUGGGUCUCCUUGUUCAGCUUUUAUCUGCUAGACUUGGUGUAGCAACUGGUAGACAUUUGGCCGAGUUAUGUAGAGAAGAGUAUCCUACUUGGGCUAGAAUGGUUUUGUGGAUUAUGGCCGAAUUGGCUUUGAUUGGUGCUGAUAUUCAAGAAGUUAUUGGGAGUGCUAUUGCUAUUAAGAUUUUGAGUAAUGGUGUUUUGCCUUUAUGGGCUGGUGUUAUUAUUACUGCUUGUGAUUGUUUCAUCUUCCUGUUUCUUGAGAACUAUGGUGUGAGGAAACUGGAAGCAGUUUUUGCUGUUCUCAUUGCAACAAUGGCUUUAUCUUUUGCAUGGAUGUUUGGAGAAACAAAACCUGAUGGCAUGGAGCUUCUUCUGGGAGUCCUAAUCCCAAAACUUAGCUCCAAAACAAUACAACAAGCUGUUGGAGUGGUGGGUUGCAUUAUCAUGCCUCACAAUGUGUUUUUGCAUUCUGCUCUUGUGCAGUCAAGAGAUGUUGAUCACUCAAAGAAAGGCCGGGUUCAAGAAGCUCUCAGAUACUACUCCAUAGAAUCUACUGUUGCGCUUGUAAUUUCAUUCGUAAUUAAUUUAUUUGUGACAACUGUGUUUGCAAAAGCUUUCUAUGGUACAGAACUUGCAAAUAGUAUUGGCCUUGUGAAUGCUGGGCAAUACCUUCAAAACAAAUAUGGUGGUGGACUCUUCCCAAUUUUAUACAUAUGGGCAAUCGGGUUAUUAGCAGCUGGCCAAAGUAGCACCAUUACUGGCACUUAUGCAGGGCAGUUUAUCAUGGGAGGUUUCCUGAACUUAAGAUUGAAAAAAUGGCUAAGGGCAUUGAUCACCCGAAGCUGUGCAAUUGUUCCUACUAUGAUUGUUGCUCUUGUUUUUGAUACUUCCGAGGAUACGCUAGAUGUUUUAAAUGAAUGGCUAAAUGUUCUUCAAUCAGUCCAGAUCCCUUUUGCACUUAUCCCUCUUCUUUGUUUGGUCUCCAAGGAGCAAAUUAUGGGCACUUUCAAAAUUGGUCCUCUUCUCAAGAUGGUAUCAUGGCUUGUGGCUGCCCUAGUGAUAGUGAUCAAUGGAUACUUAUUGAUCGAGUUUUUCUCCACUGAAGUGAAUGGCGUACCUUUUGCCACUGCAGUGUGCAUUUUCACUGCUGCAUAUGUUGCAUUCAUACUUUAUCUUGUUUCCAGGGGGAUUGCCUUCGCUUCAUGGUGCCGCCCACAAAAACAAGUAGUGGUAGUUGAGUAACCAAAUUACAGUCGCAUGAUAUUUAUAUCCUACAGCAUCUAUAGGCAGCAAUCUGUUCGAGCGGAUGUCGAUUUGUAUCUAUGCAGGAAUCACCUUUCACUUUCAGGCAAAGAAUUCUUUUUCCCCUCGUGCUUACUUUUGGAGCUAGCUGUUUAGAUAGUAUGCUUACUGUAAUGCUGCUGUUUAUAUGAAACAGAGCAGCCCAUUGGUUUUGUAUCAUAGAAUUAUCUGUUGAUUCUGUAUCAUAGAACUUCUCUUAUUUUAUUUCUGUUUUUCACUUGGA